AUGUCGUCCGCUUCUACAUCGGCCGCGCAGGCGAACAGCAGCAGCUGGACCGCCUUCCUUAAGUCUAUCGCAUCCUUCAACGGCGACCUCUCGUCUCUCACUGCGCCUCCGUUCAUCCUGUCCUCUCAAUCCCUCACCGAGUUCUCUGCCUACUGGGCCACGCAUCCCCCCGUUUUGACAGCUCCUGCUGGCGAGUCUGAUCCCGCCAAGCGUACCAUGCUCGUCCUCAAGUGGUUCCUCUCGACUCUAAAGCACCAGUACGCCAGUCGAAGUGAGCAGUUCGGAAACGAAAAGAAGCCCCUGAACCCCUUCCUGGGUGAGCUUUUCCUCGGUACAUGGUCCGACGAAGCUGGCGAGACCACCCUUGUCUCAGAGCAGGUCAGCCACCAUCCUCCAGCUACUGCCUAUUGCAUUCGCAACAACAAGACCGGCAUCGAGCUCGAGGGUUACAACGCUCAAAAGGCCACUUUCAAGAGCACCAUUAUCGUUAAGCAGAUCGGCCACGCUGUCCUACGCAUUCCCCUCCCCUCGGGCGAGAUCGAAUCCUACCUCAUCACCCUCCCUGGCCUCCAUAUUGAGGGUCUGAUCUUUGGUGCUCCGUUCGUUGAGCUUGACGGCUCAAGCCACAUCACUAGCUCUAGUGGUUUCACUGCCAAGAUUGACUACAGCGGCAAGGGAUGGCUCUCUGGCAAGAAGAACACUAUCGUUGCCAGCGUUUAUCCUACAGGCAAGGAGAAGGACGUUCUUUACAACGUUACUGGCCAGUGGAACAAGACUCUUGAGGUCUACUCAGGACCUGCCAAGUCCAACUCCAAAUCUACGCUCGUGAGCACAUACGAUGCUGUCAGCACCGCUCAGACGGAGCUCAAGGUCGCUCCCGUCUCGGAACAGCACCCUCUCGAAUCUCGCCGUGCCUGGUCUCGCGUCGCUGAGGCCAUUCAGAAGGGCGACAUGGACACCACCGGUACUGAAAAGGGCAAGAUCGAGAAUGCUCAGCGUAGCAUGCGUGUCAAGGAGCGUUCGGAGGGCCGUACAUGGGACCGCCAGUACUUUACCGCUGUUCAGGGCCAGGACCCUGUCCUCCAGCAGCUCGGCAAGGUUGUAGGCGUGCCCGUCGAUGGCGAAGCUGAUAAGACAGGAGGUCUUUGGCGAUUCGACAAGUCCAAGGCAGACGCUCGCACCGGCCAGCAGCUUACACAGGACGUGGUAGCCCAGAUGGAGAAGGAGCUUCUUGGCUGGUAG